AUGAGGUUCUUCUAUCAUUUAGUAGAUAUUACUGUUACUAAUUCUUGGAUAUUACAAAAACGUAUCUAUGAAAGUAAAGGGCAAAAAUAUAAAUCUAGUUUGGCAGAUUUCCGUGAGGAAUUGGCUGUUUCAUUAUGUCAAAUGGGAGAAAUAGUGACGCCUAAAAGAGGUAGACCACUUAAAGAAGAUCAAUUAGGAAAUAUAACAGAUAAAAAAAGGCAACGUAAUGUCAACAUUACACCUAUAGAUGUAAGGUUUGAUGGUUUUCAACAUAAUCCUAAGUGGUCUCAAAAUAGACAAAAAUGCAAAUACUUAGGUUGUAAAGGUAUUACAUACGUAAACUGUGCUAAAUGUAAUAAGGCUUUGUGUUUUACCAGAAAUAGUGACUGUUUCAAUAAAUAUCAUAUGAAAUAG